CGGUAUAUCCCGUCGACACUCCAACACUCCAACCGACACCUCACACCUGGAUGUUCAUUCGAUAGCACCAACGAAACAACAACAAUAGGCACAAGAAAGAAUCAUGGUGGAAGAAGAUAAUGAAAAGAGCAGCUCUGCUAAAGUUAAAGUGGAUGGUCAGGAGACUGAAGAAGGCGGUUCUGAGGAUGUCGAUGUGGAAGAGAACAUGACAUCUCCCUCCUCCGAUGAUGGCAGUAGUAAUGGAGAUUGGGAUGGUGAUGCCGAAGAAGAGGACGAAUCGAUGCCAUACUUAUCAUACUCUCGCAUGUUUGGCUCCUUGCCUCGACGGCGGAACGAGGGAAACAAUGGCGAUCCCUCGAGUCACACCUUGGCUGUGCCGGCCACUUGCUCAGUGAUGGCACAAGUCAUUUUCUCACAGCAAGAUUCAAUUUCCCAGAGUAACAGUGGAGCAGCACCCUCCAGUCCUGAGUCUGUAUCAGCCAAUGACCAACGAACCUCCAAUCCGCCCGGUCCUAGUCGACAAUCACCUCAAAUAUCACAGGGAGAUCCCUUGCUCUCGCAACAGCCACACUAUGUUGUGGCAAUGGGACAUGCCAAUGGUACCAUUGACCUGGUAGACGCGAGAACUGGAAUGGCGAUUGCCCACCCUGAUCAAUUGCGUCUUCGGGAUGCUAGUCACCAACCAGAACCCAUCAUCGACUUAAGCAUGGACUCCAGUGGGACAUUCUUGGCUGCGAUGGAUGCAGGUAGAAUGCUCGUCAUCUGGGAAUUUCAAUACACCAUUACUACCAACCCACCGACUCCCCAGCCAAUGCCACCAUCCCAGACACAGCACCAGGCUCCACCAGCUGAAGCGGGGGUGUUUUCUAGCUUCAUGUCGGCUUUCGCAGGGAGUGUUUCGGCUGCACCCAACAACAGUACCUCGUCGAACUCUGUUGCAAUGCCAAAUCAGGUUGCCUUACCUGCUGAUUCCCCUAGCACCAGCAUGGUGCCACGGCUGGCGACGUCAUCUAUCCAACUCUCGAGAAUAUCAUAUCCCAGAUCCUUUGGCGUCCCAACUUGCAUCGCUAUCGAUCCAUCGUACAAGAGGGGAAGAAGAGACAAGGCCAUUUUGGCAGGAUUUUUGGAUGGCAGACUCGUCCUGACAAAACGGGGCUACAUGUUCCAAAGAAGAACUGACGCCAUCAUUUAUCAAGGGACCUAUCAUAUUGAGGGCAACCUUCAUCGGGGAAUUGAGGCAAUCGAAUGGAGAGGCUCGCUUGCGGCUUGGGCGGAUGCCAGCGGAAUUCGCCUCUUUGACACUGAAACCUUAUCCAGAAUUGCACACAUUGAUCGACCCUCGGGAGCACGACCAUCCCUCUACCCAACGCUGGCGUCUCUGCGGCCUUCGUUGUGCUUCGAAACAGAAAGCUAUCUCCUGGUGGCAUGGGGAGAUUGCUUGAUGGGACUUUCUAUCACAGACCACAACCGACCCUCAGAAGGACAGGGCACCAACCAGAAUGACAACCCAUUGAUGGGUUUGGAAAUGCCGCAACAACAACCCUCCGUUCGCCGUCGAACUGUCGACUGUUCCAUGGCCUGGGAACUUGACUGUGUUGCAUCGGGUGUAGUGCCUCUUGAUAGCGAACACGUAUUGGUUUUGGGGGUGGUUCCACCAGCUGAUGACGAGGAGGAAGAGGAAAUGGGCGCCAACGAUGUAGAGCUUCAAAUCAUUGCCAAAGCGGACGGGUCAAUUGCCUUUUCCAAUAUCUUGCCCUUGCUGAAAGAUGUUUCAGCCAAUCAGCAGUCGUUAUCGCCCAAUCAGAUUGCUGCCAACGCUGCAACGGAAUCGGCCUCGGACUACAAUCUGCUUUCCACUUUUGCUUUGCCCCGCAUGGACGACGUAUUCGAGGCCGCGGCUCAGGAAAACCCCCUCGAUGACGAUGAAUACAUGCCUGUGGGUCUGUUCACCCAAACGAGUCAAACUCUGCGACCCUUUGUGGAUCCACACUUGAAGUGGAGUCUCAAGGAAACUUUUGAUGGCGUCGGAGAGAGAGAAGUCGUGCUUUCUGUGGACGAAAAUCUGGGUGGGGACAUACAUCAUCUUGCACCUGGCAGAAGGGGCGAUGAUGAGACAGGUAGUGUCGACAGUGAUGACUACGGGUUCAUAUUUCGCCCCCUUCCAGCAACCACUGACGAAGGCACCACAGAACAAGGUGCAAGUGGAACCCCUCCCCUGGUGGUUAUCACAUCAACUUCAGAUGUUGUGCUUGCCCGCAUGAGGGACGUCGACGAUUCGAUCUCUCACGCGUUGGCAUCUGGAAAGAGAGCUCUUGCUCUUCGGAGAGCUUUGUGUCACAGGCGAAGAGUACGGAAAACUUCGCUUUCUGAUAUGGUCAACGAAUACUUCUCGUCGCUCUUGCGAAUUCCCACAAGCGAAUCGAAUGACCAAGACAAUAAGCAACCUACAAAGGCCCUGUCUAUUAGGAGACUAAAGCUAGCAGCUCGGGCGAUGCCGGUCCUGUUUGGCGGCGAAAUACAGCUUUGGGAGCGGUGGAUAAAAGAGGUUGAGAACAUACCCGGAGCGAUGUUCAUUUUGGGCGAUCAUCUUCCCGUUCGAGACCCUAUACUACCCAAAGAAUUGUAUGGAAAGGUGCUCGAGACUAUGCUUGCAGAAUUGGAGCAAAUGAAUGCCAUGGCUGCAACACAAGAUGAUGAUGUCACCAGAAAAAUCAUUGCCGCACGGAGACAAUUUCUAUUUACGUUGAUUGGGUGGGGACCCACUAGCUUUCUCAAGGAGUACGUGAAGCUUUGCAAGAAUAAUGGAAGAAUUGGAGGGGGUGACAAGGUUGCUGCAGACGACGCUGAAGCUCGAUUUGCUCGGCGCUACACGCAAAGUUCGGCUGGCUACCUGAGGUUUCCCGUUCCAGCGGACGACUCUCACAGAGGACCAAGUAUUAGAUCAGAUGGUUACCCCGACGAUAAACAAGCUUUGUUCGAUAUUGACACAGUGGCGAACAUGGUUAGCCGCAACGCAAUUCUGAUGUCUGAUGAGGUUUCAAUUGUCGAAGCCAAUGCAAUGAAAGGAAAGAAUACGCACGCCGCCCUCGAUGCAAUGGCCAAGUUAAACAUGAUGCGAGGUCGAUAUGACGCUGCAUUGAAAAGCUUUCUUUUCAUUGGGGCCCUUCAUUCUUCACGCCCCCUCUCGGAUUUCGAAGCGGGGGCUAUCGAGUUUUUGGCUCUUGUUGGAGGCCGCGAAGUGGACAGACCAUGGAAAGCCGAAAGUGGCGCCUCGUACACGUACCUGCUCGAUGUGAUCGACGGUCACAACCUCCAUCAGUGCCUUCUUGACGAAACCUUCUUGGGGGAGAACGGGAUCCCGCCGCUCUUCGCUCUACUGCAGCUCGUUGGUUUUCGUGAGAUGGGAAUCUUCUUGAUUGAACACUGUGUACCACCUCAAAUUCAACAGUACACGCGCUCGCCAGGAGAUGGCCCCUCAACGGGUGCCAACGAGGAGAGGAGGGGAACUAUUCCUUUGGAUCUCGUUGCAAGUCAACUGAAGCUACGACCACCAAUACUGCACUGGUACCUCCAUCUUGUGUUCUUGCAAAAGCCUGAAGUGUAUGUGCGCUUCCCGAACACAGCUUACCCCCCGCAAGCAGUCACCGAACUGCACCGGCUCGAUUUUGACCUGCAUGUCAAGUAUUCUGGUCGAGAGAGAGAUUCUGCAUGGUUUUGUGCACAAGUCGAAGCGUACAAAGUCAGUAACACAUCCACGCGGCUGCUGCAGUUUUUGAAGACAACUUUACCCCUCGGUGGUAUUCGAAUUGCGGAUGCCAGAACGACUCUUGAGUCCGAACGGAGCAAAGAUGAAGGCGUAGACUUUUCCUCUACGUAUGCUCUGGAAUUGGCUUUUUGCAUCGAAAUGUAUGGAAAUGAAACCGAGGAAGAAGCAGAACAGGUGCUUGACUUGUACAUGAAGGGCACAAAGAGUUUGGUUUUGGCCGUAUCGUUUUCCCAGCGAACCACGAAGUACUCGAGCCGUUUGUGGAAAGCGCUGAUUGAUUACUGCCUCACUCAUGAAGGUGGUCGUUUGUUUGGCUCUCUCUUGGAGGCGGCCGCAUUGUCAGGCGCCGAUUUGGCAAAAUUGGUGAAGAGGAUUCCCACUGGAAUGGCCAUUGAAGGUUUGCGACCGCGGUUGGUUGCAGCAGUUGCGGACUACAGAUUAAAGUUGAAACUGCACGAAGCCGCUUCGGAGGGAGCCACCCAAGAGAUGAUUUCUAUUUUACAGGAGCUAAGCCACCGUUCCCGGCGGGGCACCCGAUCCGAGUUGCAGCUGUCAGCUUUCCUACCAGAUCCUUUCGGUGUUGGAGGCAUGACUGAAGGCAAAGAAGAGCCCAAAGACGACGACCGCAAGCCGAGCGCUUGGCCUCAAAUGGUCCUUCGUAGCGAGAUGCGGACUGGUAAAAGGCGCGAUCGGCAGAGACACUGCCUGCCUCCAACCAUGCAAUAACGAAAAUAAAAUUUAUUGAGUUGUGUUGUGUGGAUUGGUUCGUCAUACCAUGU